CGCGCUCUUUGCCAGAGAUGAGGGAUUAAAACCCGUUAUCCUUCAGCACCUCUGGCUAUUCAUUCAUUCAUUCUAAAAAACACACAAAAGUGUUGUACAAUUAUUCCUUUUGCGGAAACAAAAAUGCAAAGCAAUCACCUUUUACAGGCAGUUUUAUACCUUUUCAUGCUGUUUCAUGCUUGUUUCAGUGCUGACAAUUCUGAGAAAAGCAGCACUUUCUGCUCUUGGACUAGAUCCACUUCAGGUGGGCAAACACAAUAUGCAUUUCUCCGAAGGACUCAGACGUCUCUUCUCUUGUAUGACAGCAUCUGGAACAAAAACAACAGCCUUUUUACCUGCAUAACAAGUGAUGAGCAAUCUGUGAUUGACAGUUACCUGUCCAGGUGCUGGGAAGACAGUUCUUUCUCAAAGAUGCUUGAUGAACGCUUUGACAUCAGUGAGCUGAUUGAUCCUCAUGGCCCCUGUGAGGCUGCAGGCAUUACGGAGGAAUUUACAGCAUCUGUACGGAGGGCCAGAGACCUGAGGAGUGUUGGACCUGAUGGAUUCGUGCACCAGGACAGUGGAGAAAGUUCCAUGCAGACACUGCACCGCUCAAAACGAGCAUGGAUGAUUCCAGGCACUCUGUGGUGUGGCUCAGGAAAUAAGGCUAUGGCCUUUGCUGACCUGGGUGCCUUUGAAGAUACUGAUAAAUGCUGCAGAGAACACGACCACUGUAAAGACACCAUUGCUUCUUUUUCAUACGACCAUGGUGUCUUUAACACCAACAUCUUCACUUUAUCACACUGUGACUGUGACAACAGGUUCCGCCGCUGUCUCCUGGGUGUUAAUAAUACCAUGUCCAACCUUGUGGGCUACGGAUACUUCAAUGUGCUAAAGAUGCGCUGCUUUGAGUUCUCUCAGCGGAUGCAGUGUGCCAAGAGAACAUGGUGGGGCAUGUGUGCAAUUUAUGAACUUGCUCAAUAUGCUGUGGUAAAAUACGCAGCAAACUACACUGACACACUCCCAGACCAAGACAUGGAGAUGCUGGAAACGAGUUUUCACCAAGCAAUCACUCUGGGACAAAACCAGGUCACCAAAAACACAGACGAAUCACUUACUAUACAAGCUUCCAAGAGCGGCAGUGAAGAACCGAGUCCAGUUUCAACAUCACCAGGGCCAUCUGUUACAACACUGCUGUCCCGGAAAUCUGAAGCUUCCGUACUUCCAACAGUAGCACCAAAUAUAACAGACAGCCCACAAAAAGGCAAGUUUGAGAUGUGUGAGCUCUACAGAGACCUGGAUUCAUGCCAUCUACAGAUCCCUGCUUUACAGAAGAAAUUCGGUUUACGAAACUCUGGCAUGAGAACCCUUUACCACUGUAACUGUACUGCCAGACUCGUCCAAAAAAUCUUGUCCAAAGAACUGGAUGAAACUGACCCUGUACAUUCGCUGUUGAUGGAUUUCGUAUCACAAUCCUGCUUCACCCUAUCACAGUCUGAGAACUGCAUCAAUGGAAAAGGGUUGGUAUAG